AUGCUGAUGAAUGCAUCAAGGUGGACAGAAUCAAUAGCGCAAAAGGUGAAGCGAAAGAAGAAAGCGAGCGGCGUGCAGCGCAGGAAGAUCUGGCGAAGCGUGUUCGAGCCAUACAUCCCGCCUGCGUUCGAGGACACGGGACUAGUCAAGACGCUGGAUCAUGAGCCACCGAUGACCAAAGCCCAAUUCGACGCCAUGGUGCAGGCCGUCAAGGAGGCCAUCUUGGAGGGGAUCCAUCCCAAGAUGAUUGCGAAGGGCUCCUCAGGCUCGUACUUUGCGCGAGCAAAGGAUGAGACUGGGCGUGUGCGGACCGUGGCCGUGUUCAAACCCAAGGACGAAGAGCCUUACAUCUCUGAAGCUGCCGCAUCCCUCCUAGACUCGCGGCUCAAACUGAACAUAGUCCCGCCCACCCAACUGGUCGCCUUGUCAAGUCCAGCUUUCUUCUACGACUGGAUCGACAGGAAUGCAUACAAGAAGGGCAAACCGCUACCUGACAAGAUUGGCAGCAUGCAAAUAUUCAUGAACGAUGCCACGGACUUCCUGAGGAAACAUCCCUGGCCUGGACGCACCAUCAGCGACACCUUUGACGACUCGACACAUCGGCGGAGCCAUACCAUGAAACGCAUCCUUGGCGCAGUCAAGAUCGUUUGUGGACGGACAGGAAGCGAACGAGACGUUGAUGACGAGGAAGAUGAUGAUCAGCUGCUGUACGAUGCUUCCUAUGAGACCGCGGACCGGCCGUUCUACUGGUCACAGGCGUUGCAACAGAGCUUCCGCGCAGAACUGGAGAAGUACUUGCUGACAUUCGUAGACUAUCUCAUGCAGAAUACUGACAGAGGAUCCGACAACUACAUGAUCAAGUACUGCGACGGCGUACACGAGAAACCCGUAGUCGACACUCCUUCAUCUCGCUCCUCCCGUACCAUGCCGCAAAUGACCGAAGUCCACGCACAACCGACCGCCACCCCACGCAUGGAGGCAACAGCGUCCAGAGUGAACACCCCCGGCCCCUCAAAUUCCGCCGACUACACCCGCCGACCGCACAUCCACAUCGCCGCCAUCGACAACUCGCUCUCCUUCCCCCACGAGCACCCGCAGGGCUGGCGGUCGUAUACGUAUGGGUGGCUGUACCUCCCCGUCAGUAUCAUCGGCAAGCCGUUCAGCGAGGAGACGAGGAAUCACUUUUUGCCGAUGUUGACGAGCAAGACGUGGUGGGAGGAGACGACGUAUGAGUUGGAGAAGUUGUUUUCGGUGGACGAGGGGUUCCAUCCGAAGAUGUUUUCGCGACAAUUGGCUGUGAUCAAGGGCCAGGCAUACAACAUCAUCCAGUCCUUGAAGCACGCUGACGAAGGCCCUUUGGAACUCACCCGACGGAAGAAAGUCAUGGUCUGGGACGACGAGAUCGAAGUCCCCGAGGGUGACCUCGACCACCCCGCCGACGAGGCCGAGAUGCAGGGCCUCCCGUCCCCCCACAUGUCCGUCUACAGCGUCCCCCUCCCCCGCCGCUCCCUCAGCAUCUCGAGUGCGGACUUCCCCCCGCCCAUGACGCGCACCUCGACCGACGCCUCCGGCGCGCCCCGCCCCGUCUCCUUUGCGUCCAAGAUCCAGCGUGUGCACCCGGGCACAACGGGCGUGACAAUGCUUGAACAUCUGGAGCGUUUGGAUGCGGUGGAGGCGAGUCUGCAAAGGCUGGGCAUCGACGAGGAUACGGUGCUCGAGGAGGACGAUGUGGGUGAUCGGCCCCCGACGCAGCCGCAGGUGCUGGCGGCGCAGGCGACGCUGGCGAUCCCGACGCCGAGGCAGGUGGUGUCGGCGUCGCUUCCAGUGACCCCGUUCUCGCCGCCUAGCAGCCCGCCAAUGCCGACGCUGCAUGAGGCGGAGGUCGAGCGGAGUGUAUCGCCGGAGAGCGAUGAUGAGGCGGAUGUGGUGGCGAUGUCGAAGAGCAUGUCGCAUGCGGAGGGGAGCCCACUGCAUUCGCGGUGGGCGAGUCAUCAGGCAGGCACCUCGCGCGCUGCCAUGGAGUGGGCGGAGGCAGAGGCGGAUGGCGAGUCUCCCCUGAAGACUGUCAUCAACGAGCGCUUGGAGGUGAUCGAGAAGAAGCCUUUGCUCAGCUGCUGGUAGCCGGGAAGUUACAUCUUGGAUAGCACACUUAGAUCUUCUUGCUUUCUCAUACAUGGACGGACACCAGUGUAAUAGAUACCGAAAAUAACAGUAAACAGAGAAGCAAGCAGGGAGUAGAUUGUUGUCCGUAAAGGAACCAGCGGUUAGUCGCCAUCAUUGAGCAACCACUCCUCAAAGUUUGCCAAACGUCGCUUCUCUGCCUCGUCCCCAGUGCCAUCGAUAUCGUCCGCCGCGUUACUACGCCUGAAUCGCUGCCUGCCAUCGUACAGGUACGCCUCCACUCGUCGACCGUCGAAGAAGCGACCAUUCAUUUUCUAGACGAUUGUAAGCCAGACUCCUGACAGUCCUCUUUAGGCACCUACGAUGAUACAGGCUUGAGCACUCAAUGGAUCCCUAAACUUUAUGGUCAUCACGCCCUCGGGCU